GUUUUAUUCACACCAAACGCUUCAAAAUGGCGAUGUCAAAGAGCGCUAAUAAUUAUAACCGGCAAAAUUGGGAAGAAUCUGAAUUUCCGAUUCUCUGCCAAACAUGCUUAGGUGAUAAUCCAUACAUUAGAAUGAUGAAAGAAAGAUAUGGCAAGGAAUGUAAAAUUUGUCAACGACCUUUUACUGUAUUUCGAUGGUGUCCAGGAGCUCGAAUGCGCUUUAAGAAAACAGAAAUUUGUCAAACUUGCAGUAAAAUUAAAAAUAUAUGCCAAACAUGCCUUUUAGAUUUGGAGUUUGGCUUACCUGUUCAAGUAAGAGACCAGGCACUUAAGGUGUCAAAUGAAAUGCCAAAGUCAGAUGUGAAUCGCGAAUUUUAUGCCCAAAACAUGGAAAGAGCUAUGUCAGAAAGUGGAGAUGGAACUGUUCCACCUGGGGAACUUGGAAAAGCUCAAGCACCAUCUGAUAUGCUGUUAAAAUUAGCUCGAACUACUCCGUACUAUAAAAGAAACAGACCGCACGUAUGCUCAUUCUGGGUUAAGGGUGAAUGCAAGAGAGGCGAGGAAUGUCCUUAUAGACACGAGAAACCUACUGAUCCAGAAGAUCCAUUAAGCGAUCAGAAUAUCAGGGACCGAUUUUACGGUGUAAAUGACCCUGUUGCAGAUAAGCUAUUAAAACGCUAUGAAGGGAUGCCAAAAUUGGACCCUCCUGAAGACAAGACGAUUACAACACUAUAUAUUGGUGGACUACCCGAAGGAACAACUGAAGAUAAUUUGAGAGAUCACUUUUAUCAAUUUGGAGAGAUCCGAUCUAUUACAAUAGUUGCAAAGCAACAAUGUGCUUUUGUACAAUUUACUUCACGAAUAGCUGCUGAAAAAGCCGCUGAAAAAUCAUUCAAUAAAGUUAUCAUCCAUGGACAACGAGUCAACAUCAAAUGGGGUAGAUCUCAGGCUCAGGCUCAGACAGCAAUUGAAGAUAAGGUUCGUGAAGGACGCAAAUUAGACCCUGUUCCUGGUCUUCCUAACGUACUACCAAUACCAGAGGAUUUAACUAGUAAUUUCUUUAAUCUUGGAAAUCAAGCUCCUGGCCCCAGACUACCUCAGCCACCUCAGCCUGGUUUAGCAAUGACAAUGAUACCACCGAUGAGUGGUCAACAACCAUUGUUUUCCAAUUUUAUGCCCGCACCAAGACCACUAACAGUUCAUUAUCCAUCACAAGAUCCGAACAGAAUGGGACAAUCGGCAACGGCUGCUCCACCUGUUCCCGGAUCUUCAGCUACUAUUCCAUCCGAACCACCAGCUGCAACUGAAUAACUUAAAUCUUGUUUAUAUACUUCAAGUAAUAGUAGUCAUAUAUCUUUGCAUUAAUGCUCUCAGUUAUGAAGUUUACUAAGAAAAGUUAAAUAUACAAAAUAUGCAUAUUGCAUACGUAAGCCUAGACAUUUAUGCAAUGAACUUGAAUUUCUAAUUAUUUAUAUAGAAAUAGGCGUCAAUUUCCCAUCAGAAAAGUCUACGAAUUGAUUAAUAAGUACAUAUUACGACUGAUCAUUAAAUCUACUCACUUUUCUUGGAAGUUGACUCAUAUAAUCUUUUAUAUUGGUUUGUGAAAACGUCUACUUUAAAUAGAAGCUACAUUCCUUAAUAGCAUACUAAAAGUUCAUUAAUAGGCGAAUGGAAGAUUUGUUAGCGUUUAAGUAAUAAGAUAAAGCUAGAGAAACAUAGAAGUAACAUUUCCUUAAAGGAUGGUUGUAUGACCUCAACCUAGUUUUUAGAUUGUAAAUUCUUGCAAAUCACUGUAAUUAUGACUAUCC